AGCAGUGGUAGAAGCGUCUUCCAUCAGUACGUCUUGAUCAUGGUCAGCGGAAGGAGUGCUAACAUGCUUCUCCUCACCGUCCUUGUGCUCUCGAUCGCCUCGCUCAGCCUCGCGCUAGCGAACGGCGGCCACCUCCAGCUGCCGAUCCUUCUCGCCGAGCUGAAAGACCACGGCUACCUGCGCCACGGCGGGCGCGCGGUCUUCCUCGGAGACGCCGCGUCGUGGCUCCCGUUUCUUGAAAGGAACCACCGCUCGGUCGCUCCGGUCAGCUCCGUGCAGCUUCGAGCGAUCCCUGACGGAUCCGUCGACUUCGUCGUCCGCCACGGCGACGGCGUGGAGUUUGGGCUCCUCGAUCGCGUCCUCAAGGUCGGCGGCGUCGCGGCCGUUUUCGCCGCGUCGGAAUCGGCGCGGCAGCUACCUGACAACUACAGGGUCGUGUGCGCGCCCCGCUCCGAGAACGAGGGCGCCCUCGCCUUCGCCGCGGAGAAGAAGGCGCUUCUACAGGCUCCGGGUCGCGCGGAGGAGGACGUUCUGGCCGGCCUCGAGGGCGUCCUCCUCGAGCCCCCGCAGAAGCGGCACGUCGUACGGCGGCUGCGCCCAAAGUUCCUCCCGGAGCUGACCGGCGACUCGCUGGAACGGUACCGACGCCGGGUGUUCAUCGACAUCACGCCGGCUCCAGGCGGCGGCGCGGCGUCGUGGUUCAAGAAGCAUUACCCGAGGGGGAGGCACGAGUUCGAGGGCGUGCGCCUCACGGCCGCCGCGGGCGUGCAGAGCACGGCGGCGGCCGCGGGGAUCGGGGACUGGCUGGAAGGGAACAUGAGGGAGGAGGACUACGUGGUGGUGAAGGCCGGCGUGGAAGCGGCCGAGGAGAUGCUCCGGCAGGGCGCCGCCGUCGUGCGCCGCGUCGACGAGCUCUUCUUGGACUGCGGGGAGGGCGACAGCGCCACCAGCAAUUCGGGGCGGCGACCCUACGGGCACUGGCAAUGCCUGGCCCUUUACGGACGCCUACGAGAUCAGGGCGUCGCCGUGCACGGUGCACCAAUGGUGGAGCGGCAUGCUCAAGUGAAGAGAAAGAGAAACGGGAGCUGAAGAUGGUUCGGGUUCAGAAGCAAAGAGUUCAGCCAUAAGAGAACUGAAAUGUAACAAUAUGCAGGACUCCAUCUCUACUUUGUAAAGUGAACACAUCGUCUCAAAUAC